GCAGGAGCGUUCUCCUUUCUCCCCUCAGCGUCGAUCCGGCUUCCCUCGCGGUCGGCCUUCCGAGCUUCUUUUCCCCCGCUCUUUCCCGGGCGUCGUCGGCCAUGGCGGACACGGCGCAGAACGGGCCCAUGCAAGGCGGCGCGGGCGGCGGAGCGGUGCAAUUUCUGAUGAGUAACAAGUUGGACACGGCAAUGUGGCUUUCUCGGAUAUUCACAAUUUAUUGUUCAGCUUUAUUUGUCCUUCCUCUUCUAGGGUUGCACGAAGCAGCGAGCUUUUACCAGAGGGCUUUGCUGGCGAACGCGCUCACCAGCGCCCUGCGUCUCCACCAGCGGCUGUCACAUUUCCAGCUAAGCCGGGCAUUCUUAUCUCAAGCAUUGUUGGAAGACAGUUGCCAUUACCUUCUCUAUUCUCUCAUCUUCGUUAAUUCCUACCCCGUCACAAUGAGCAUUUUCCCCGUCCUGUUGUUUUCGCUGCUUCAUGCUGUGACCUACACAAAGAAAGUUCUUGAUGCACGGGGCUCAAAUAGCCUUCCUUUUCUAAGAAAUCUGUUGGACAAGUUAAACGCUAAUCAGCAAAACAUCUUAAAAUUUAUUGCCUGCAACGAAAUUUUCUUGAUGCCAGCUACCGUGUUUAUGCUUUUCAGCGGCCAAGGAAGCUUGUUGCAGCCUUUCAUUUACUACAGAUUCCUUACACUCCGUUACUCUUCCCGCAGAAAUCCUUACUGCCGGACCCUCUUUACGGAACUGAGGAUCGUGGUUGAGCAUCUCAUCAUGAAACCGUCAUGCCCUCUGUUCCUGCGAAGGCUCUGCGUCAGCAGCAUUUCUUUUAUAAGCAGACUGGCCCCCACAGUUGCGUAGCUCACCUUGGAAACCCCCCUUGCGUCUCUCUCUCUUUCUCUCUCUCUCUUUCUCUCUAACGAACAUUCUGAGCAGCUGGAAUUUCUGCUGGUGAUUUAUAUAAAUACAGGAUCUCAGGCAAGGUUGUAUAGAAAUGGUUCCUUCCAAGAAUCUGUUUUGUGGAGUGUAUUUUAUCUAUAUGGGUGGUUGUUUUUUGUUUUUGUUUUUUUAAAAAAAGUCUGUUUUUCUUUCCUCAAGCCGAUGUUUCUGUAUUUUGUGGACGAUGAAACGCCUCUCGUCUUAGGCAACAUUUCAUCUUUAGGCGAGCAUCAAUCUGUGUUGUACCAUAUGGUUUAUGUGUCGUGAUCUCAGUAAUCCCGAAGGGCAAAAUGUUUCUUCAAACCCGAGAAACGACGUCAGGCUGUCCUGUCUGGAUCAUGUCAUUAACAAAGCUACGGUUUAGUACUCCUUGGGCUUCGGCAUUCGAAAUAGCUUCCUACGCGGUACAUUUGAGUCAGUAUUCCUUCGGUGAAUAAAUGCAAAGUUCAUUAAAUCAUCCUACUCAACCCAAAUCAGUUCUGCACAUGAACGAUCGGUCUAAACAUUUAACGGUGCCCUUCUGAUUUACUUAAUGCUUUUGAAAUGGAAACUCUUCACCCUUUCUCCAGCAAUAUCUUUUUUUUUUUUUUAAAUUUUUCUCGGUACAAGAUUUCUGCUACCCGAACGCCCUCUGAUUUCGGCUCGCUUCUGAAACUGGGAUUCUUUAAAAUGCCAAUCUGUGACACCUUGGAAUAAUAAAGAUGGAUGUUGUGUUUA